UGGCACAUGCUAUUGCAUAUGCCUGUGAUUUCAAAUUACCGGUUGAUAUAGCCAUGUGCUUAUCAGUUUCAGGGUUGCCGUAUUGGUCAGUCCUGGAAACAAUUUUGUGAGGGCAUGUCGGAUGACGUCCAGUGCCAAUAUGUUUAGGUCAGUGAAGAAAGGGGAGGAAAGGUUGUAUAUUGUGAACAUGGAUGCGGGAGGGGUCAGCCGGUUGUGUCGCUGCGUGUCGACAGCUUGUAUCACCACGGUGGCAACGCUGCAGAGUAGAGAGGAGGGAACGCAGUGAGAGGCGACAGUCACGACGACUGCUGCAGCUGGUUAAAGUGAUAUAAUCUUGUGUUAUGAGAUUUAAGUUUUCCGGGAAACAUCAGGGGAUUAUGGAACCACACCAUAAAAGGUCAUUGCGCUUUUUCGAGCAGUUUUACGCUCAUUCUUAGUAAUUGUUUUAAUUUCUAAAGCCACUUGAAAUGAAGAAUACUGGUGAUUUAACAAAAUGAACAAUGUGUCUGUGUUGAUCUAUGGAUUUACACUUAUCUGGUAUGGAGGAACUGGGUCAUCAACAUGAGUUUUGAUACUGCUAAUGAUGCCAACUUCUGGAGUAACGGGUCCUCGGAGCUGUACGCAGAGACACCAGGACCGUUGUCUGCAAAUCAUUCCAACUUGACCACAGCGAAUUACACAGACACGAAUCCUCUGGACCUUACCAGAGCCGUGUCAGUUGGUAUGGUUCUGGGCGCUUUCAUUUUGUUCGCAAUCGUGGGCAACAUACUCGUAAUACUUUCCGUUGUGUGCAACAGACACCUGCGUAUCCCAACGAACUAUUUCAUUAUCAACCUAGCCAUUGCGGACCUGUUGCUGGGUACCACAGUGCUUCCCGUGUCCGCAACACUAGAGAUUCUCGACUACUGGGUAUUCGGGAGGAUCUUCUGUGACAUAUGGGCAGCAGUGGACGUGUUAUGUUGCACGGCCUCCAUCAUGAGCCUGUGCGUAAUAUCCAUAGACCGUUAUAUAGGCGUGCGCUACCCACUGCAGUACCCCUGUAUAGUAACGGAGAAAAGAGCCAUUUUGGCCAUGCUCGGUGUGUGGGUUCUCGCCACUGUCAUCUCCAUCGGACCUCUACUCGGGUGGAAACAACCACCCUCAAAUGAUGACACAGUUUGCCCCAUCACCGAAGAGCCCUUUUACGCACUCUUCUCCUCCCUGGGUUCAUUUUACAUACCUCUGGCUGUCAUCCUGUGCAUGUACUGCCAGGUGUAUGUAGUUGCCAAACGGACCACUAAGAACUUGGAGGCGGGGGUCAUGAAAGAACGCAUGGACUCGAAUGAGCUCACACUCAGGAUCCACUGCAAAAACGCACAGCUGCAAGAAUACUGCGUCACGGGCAAAGGCCAGGCGCGGAGCACACUGACGGUGAAACUGCUCAAGUUCUCCCGGGAGAAGAAAGCAGCUAAAACUCUGGGUGUGGUGGUGGGCAUGUUUAUUCUCUGCUGGCUGCCAUUCUUCCUCGUGCUGCCCAUCGGGUCGUUUAACGCCGACCUGCGUCCCUCGGAGACGUUCUUCAAGGUGAUCUUCUGGCUGGGCUACUUCAACAGCUGCCUGAACCCCAUCAUCUACCCCUGCUACAGCCGAGAGUUCAAGCAGGCCUUCAUACGUAUCCUCAAGUGCCGCUGCCGUCAGAAGAAGAAGCAGAAGGGUUGGAGGGCCUGCUACAACCAACGUUCCUCCCGCCUGGGCUCCACCAAUACCUCCUACCUGAACGGAAGUCAGCAGACCCUGUCCUCCAUCAACCCCAGCCCUCGCUGUGUCAGCAAAGGGACCGGCUCUCGCCUAGAGCCUGGGUUUGACCUCAACUCCCCAUCCCCCUGCACCUCUCUGCCUGGGAGCCCCUUCACUGGCCAGAUGAGGGCCCUCCCUGGGGCUGUCUACCAGAGCACCAGCAGAAACAACAGAGUCCACCUGGUCUCUCCCCUGGCCAGGGAGCCAGUUCAUGCCAAUGGACAGAGUAUGAAUGGAGAGGUGGAGCAUGGAUCAAUCAGGGAAACACCUGACACAAUUAUGUAAUGACUGUGUGGGGCACCAGUCAUAAGCCUGGACAAUAUCGUUUGAUAGUUUGUACUAAUGCUGGCAUGAUACUUUUUUUUUUAGAGAGACUAUACGUUGGAUCCUUGUAAAUGUCUAAAUGCAAUAUGUACAGUAGCCUAACUACUGUAGCAGUAUGGAUUGAAGAUGUACACAUCACAAUGUGUCCCUAAGUAUUUAUUACUAAGAGUCUGGUUGCUUCUAGUUCCAUGUCCUCCAAAUGUCAUCCUCAAUAGGUAUUUUGGACAAUUUUAGACAGAACACUGAAGUCCUCUGCUACUGCACAAAACAUUUGCAGAACAAUGUGUGCAGCUCUGGCACAUACAAACUAGGCCCUUGAAAGACUCCAUGAAAAAGGGACCAACUGUGCCCACGUUUUGACUUGAGUUGCACUGCUCUGCAUUUGCAACAGAUAUAUAUAUAUAUAUAUAACAGUUGAAGUCGGAAGUUUACAUACACCUUAGCCAAAUACAUUUCAACUCAGUUUUUCACAAUU